AUCAAAACUCCUAUCGUUGCUUCGUUACUGUUUCUUUGUCUCGCCUUAAAUUAGUUAAGCUUUUUUUUCUCAUCUCUUUAUUCUUUCUUUCAAUAAAAAAAAAGAGCCACUCUUUUUCUUAUUCACGAAGCCUCUUUACCCUCCUUACUUUCUUUCUUAUCCUUUCAUUAUAAUAUUCUCUACAUUUCAUUAAUUUAAACAGAAAGAAAAAAAAUGUCAUAUUUAUUAAACAAACAACCACAACAAAACUGGUCCCAACAAUUAUCUGAAGAUAAUAACAAAAAUAGCUUAAAUUCGGUACCUAAUGAAGAAGAAGAAGAUACAACUGGUGCUUCUUCAGCUCCGCCUGUUCGCAAAAGAACAAGAGCAACUGCAGACCAAUUAUCUGUAUUGGAAGACACAUUUGCCGUCAAUGUCAGCCCUAACUCUAAGCUGAGAAAACAGUUGGCUGAACAGCUUCAGAUGAGUGAAAGAUCAAUUCAGAUUUGGUUUCAGAACAGAAGAGCCAAAGUAAAACACAUGCAGAAAAGAGCUCAGAUGCAAAUGCAUCAAGCUUCUAUUCGUGCUCAGUUGUAUCAAUAUCACCAACAACAACAGCAACAACAACAACAGCAACAGCAACAGCAACAGCAACAACAGUUUGGUCAACCACUUUUACCAAUGCAACCUUAUCAGCAAUCCCAACAACCUUACUAUUACAACCCAGCUGCUGCUCGUUUAGCUAUCCCUCCCCGUGCUCAGAGUGUAGAUGCUGUUCAAUUUCAUUAUAAUAAUGGCAACAGAAUCCCUACUUCUCAAGCGGAAGUGUUGUUUACACCUGCUUCUUCUGUCCCUCCACCUCCUUUGCCUACAGCUGUUGGCGGAAAUUCCUCAUUUAGUACCACUCCACCACCCAUGUCUUAUCCUCAAUACUAUGGCCACCAACAACAACUUUCUACCACAUGGCUUUCUUCUGUACAAGAUGAUAUCCCACUGAUGAGACAAAGCAUGCCACCCCAAGUAUAUCCCUACGAUCUAAACAACUCUGUUGAACCUGUAACAGGUUUAGAUUUCCCUGAAUACAUACAUGGUCAGGUGUCUCCUUCUCUAAGUCCUUUAAAUGCUAAAUCCGUCAAUACUACCAUGCCAACUUUGGUAUCAGUUCCUGAUGCUGGCCCAACUGCCGUUUUGGCUACCAGUUUAAGAUCCACCUCUUCCGAUAACAGUCCCUCCCCUUCCAAAAAUUCUCUUUCCCCAGAAAUUACAGCUGAACCUGUAUCUACCAUUGAUCCCUCCAGUUUAAUAAUGACCCCUUCCUCUGAUAGUAAAGAUAAUACAGACACUAAGAAAGAUGAUAAAAAGACAACAAAUAAUGAAAAAGAAGACGCAGUCGUUGUAUUGCCUGAAGAUGAUGAUGAAGAACCUAAAGAUUUGUAUCUCUCUGCCACUACAUUGACUAUCGGUACCUGGCACCGUCUCAAGAUGCAAGAGACAGACCUUGUUUGUGUCUACCGCCCUGAUACACGCAUCUUUGCAUGGCACAUUGUCGAUGGCGGUUGCCACUUUAAAAUGGAAGUUGCUCAAAAAGCCGUCUCAAGUAUUGAGUUUAUUCUUGAUGAACAUGAAGCUUUAGCAGAUGUCCACUUUGAUAUCAGUGAGCCUCCCCUCUUCUACAUGGAGUCCACAGCACCUCACCUAGACGUCAAGAAAAAGAAGAAAUCGCUCACAGGUGAAGAACAGUCUGAAGGAGGAGAAAGCACACCUACUGAAGAACCUACACUAUCACCAAUAUGGGUUCAAUGUUCUGAUUUCACAGAAGGCAAGCAAGCUUCUCGUUUCUUUAGACACACACUCAAGGGAGUUGCACAUCACAUGAAACAAGAAUUGUUGGCUUUGAUAAAUAACCAUGAAGAAACAAGACGCCUUGUUCAUUUUAUUGAGCCUGCUGCACCUGUUGUAGUUCAUCCAUACAACCCUACUAUGUACCAACCCUUAAUAGUAGACCAAUCACAUCAUCCUCAUACACAUCUUUUUCAUCAACAACAGCAUCCCCUUAUUUCAGCAACCGAAGACAGUUUACUGAUGCAGUCUGCUGCAAACACUGGUCUAAACCCCAUGUAUUGGCCAAGUCAAACAAGUGCUGAGCCUAUUGCCUGUGAAUUGUACAUGAGCUAAAUCCGCUUUUCUUCUUUAUAUAUACAUAUCUCGUCCCCCUUUCUUUUUUCGUUCCCGCGCUUAUACAAAAUACACUGCUGUCUUUCUUUUCUUUAUUUAUAUAAUUAUCAUCUGUCAUUUACUCUAAAGUGUAUUAUAUUCUUUUCUUUCAUAAUAAAGUAUCUCAUACAUCCUCUUG